AUGAAUGGUAGUGGUGAUUAUCAUACAACUUCAACAUCUUCAGUAACACACGAUAAACUUUUGAUUCCAAAACGUGAACCCAUCGAACUACGCAGUUAUGAAUCGCCUAUACCAUCACAUUCACCUUUUAUUCACCAACAUUUAUCUUCUUCCGAUAUAUUUAAUGAUUUAUUAUAUCGAAACAAUAACAGCAAUAAUCAUAAUAGCAACAAAAGACGUUAUGAAAAUGUUGACUCCGCCAUAAUGACAGGCUCGAUUAAAAAACGACAAUUUGCAACAAAAAACCAUUCUCAAAAUGAAACACCUAAAGAUAUUGGUGAUGAAUUAUCGUUUAAAAAUCAUUCUGAACAUGAAAUGAACAGCGAUAAUCGUUCAUAUCCAAAAAUUUUAUUAAAUAAAUUAUCAAAUGAUUCACGAACAAAUGAAUUUAUUACUCCAUCAACAUCGACUAUGUGUAUACCGCGACCUGCUACACCAAGUCGUUAUACGGCACCCGUUCAUAUUGAUGUUGGUGGAAGUAUUUAUACAUCUUCUUUAAAAACUCUUACUCGUUAUCCUGAGAGUCGUUUAUCAAAAUUGUUUAAUGGUCAUAUUCCAAUUGUUCUUGACAGUUUGAAACAACAUUAUUUCAUCGAUAGAGAUGGUAAAUUAUUUCGUUAUAUUUUAAAUUAUAUGCGUUGUGGAACAUUAACAAUUCCUGAACAAUUUAACGAAUUACAAGCACUUUAUGAAGAAGCAAAAUAUUUUGAAUUAAAAGAAUUGGUUACGCUCAUCGAAGAAGAACUAAAUAAAAAAAAACCGAAAAUAGAUCAUCUAUCAACAUUUAUUCAUCAUCAAAAAUUUCAACAUCAAAAAUCUACCAAACAGUUAUCAACAACAUCUACAAAUUCUGUUGAAGUCAUAUCUAUCAAUAUAAGUCCGGAAAAUGUUGAAAAUGUCAAAAUAAGUGGUCAAAUGAAUUUAAUUAAUGAUCUUUUUCCUGAAAUACAAUUAUCAUCAUCCAUAUCAUUAAUAUCACCAGCAACUCAUACAUAUUUAGAAAAAAAUUAUUUUGUACGAUUUCCAUUAAAUGCUUUUGUUGAAUUAACCGCUCUUGAAAUAUUUCAACGUUUAUUUGAACAAAAUUUUUCUAUCAUAGCAGCAACAAGUGCAAAUAAUCUCGAUUGUUUACCAUUUAGUGAAUAUUUAUUAUCAAGAUGGAAAACAUCUUCUACAUUUAGUCUACCUGUAUAUGAUUAA